AUGGGUGGUGGUGAAUCAUCAGCCACUCAGACAACAUUUGCAGUACCCCAACCGCCAGUAAUUCAAGUGGUAGACUUCUACAAGUUGGCACUUCAGUGGCCUCCCUCUGUUUGUAGCUCUACUCUCAACUGUAAACUCCCAAUCCCAACUGAAUUCAAAAUACAUGGAAUUUGGGCGCAAGACGCUCGUGACACGCUGGUGCCCCCAUAUGAUACACAUCAUCCCUACACCAAUCCACAACCUAUGACAUCACAAUCAGAUCUCAGACAAUUGUUGAUAAGCGAUGUAGCUCUUUGGAACCAAUUGCCCACACUAUGGCCGAAGUUGACAUCGACAGGGUCAGACAUUGGGUUUUGGUUCAAGGAAUGGAUGAAACAUGGCACAUGUUCCGACUUUGCACAUCAUCCUCUGUCAUACUUCCAAUCGGCCAUACAACUUAGGACAAAUUUAAAUUCAGUAAACACAGAAGAGCUAGAGUUCUACUACUUGGGGAGAUGUUUAUCUGUUAUGGAAGACCGAGGCCAUCCCAUAACUUUGGAACUCCCCAAAAUUGUUCCAGCUUAUUUUACGGCCUGUGCAGUAGUGGAGCCGAUCCCAUAG